AUGUCUUCUAAUAACAUCAGUGGGAUGUUCAAAACCCUGAAGACUCAGGUGAAGACGGAGGUUGGAAAACUCGUGCAACCACGUCCCCAGCAGCCAUUAAACACAGGAGGACCUCAGCAACAGCGACCACCGCAGCCAUAUGGUCAACAGCAGCAGCAGUAUCCUUCGGGGCCUAAUUAUAAUGCUGGAAAUCAGCCGCAACAGAGUCAACAUUACGCUCAGGUGCAAUAUCAAACCCAACCUCAACAACAGCAACCUCAAAAUGUUCAAUAUGUCACGUCACCCCAGAUACCACAGCAGUAUCCCCAAUUGGCAAAAGGCCAAGUCUAUUCUUCCACGCCACAACCGCAAAUGCAAAGCCAAUUCCAGGCCCCCCUUUCCUCGCAGCCGAGAAACUCCCAGACCCAGCUCCAGCAAUAUGCGCCUACCCCACAGGUUCACAAUCCCCAGACUAUGACUUUCCCACAGCAGACGCAAACUCAAUUUCAACCCCAAUAUCAAAUCCAGCAACACAUGCAAGUAGGACAUAGCCUGCAAAUAUCACCUUCGUCUCCUGUGUCUCUGAACCAAAGCCCUUCUCAAUUUCAACCCUUUGCGCCACAAUUUCACCAAAACACACAAGCUCAUCAGCAACCCCUUGCUACUGGUUCUCCUGGGCUUUCUCACAUGCAGGAACAAGAAAAGAGACAAUCCCAAGCUUACAAUCAGCCUCAAAAUAUUCAUACUCAAGCAGUAACUCCGCAGCCCUACCAAAAUGUCUCACCAGCUCUCUUGCAACACACCCCUCCCCAAAGUCAAAUGCAGUCUCCUGUUGCAUCACUUGCUCGACUUUCUCUAUAUAACCAGUCUCCCGUACAACAGCAAACAUCAAAUGUGACAAGCCAUCAAAGCUAUCAACCUAUGCCCCCUAUGGGCCCACCUCCACCACCCUUAGUUCAAAGCUCUCCACCCGCGCAGCAGUUUAACCAAGCCCAAGUACCACAGCAUCAUCAGCAGUAUGCGGGUCAAGCUUUACCGGCUACAACAAUAUCACAUACACAACAACAGGCUCAUUUACAAUCUGCACCCCAACAACAAAUCUAUAAUUCAAUUCCUUCCACUGGGUCACCCGCACCUCAGCUCAAUCAAUACCAGCCAAUAACACAGCAGUAUGCUCAGUCACAAGUCCAAUCUCAAACCCAUACACCUUCUCCAACCCAAAUUGCUUCCCAACCACAUCGCCAAAGCCAGCAGUACACGUCUUCUAUGCAAACACCUGCCCAAAUUCAAGCCCAGCCAUUGCAAUACACUGUAUCUCCCGGUCAAAUUCAGUCUCAACCACAGGUACAGCCUCAGUAUAUCACCACAAGCGCGCAAAAUUAUCAGGCUACUCCUGUAAAUAUGCAAAAUACCUACUCUUUCCCAGGGCAGACCUUGUCACCAAUAGUGCAACAUCAACAGAAUACUCCUUCACCAACCCAGCAACUACUUUCCCAGAGCUCUUCGCCACAAUCACAAUUCCAUAGCCAAGUCCGGAACUCGAUUCGAAGAAAGCCACAUCCUAGCCAAUCCCCCAAAAAAACUCAGGCCUCGCAAACUGUGCCUCAAACAACUGACUUGCCCCAUGCAACUAUUCAGAGUCAAAUCCAACCAACUGUGGUAGAAAAUCAAGCUGGAACUGAGAGCAAUAUCAUUCUUACUCAAGCGCAUGUCACCUCUCCUCGAGAUGAUUCCUCCGGUUACCAUUCUCAAAUUCAGGGGGGUACGCCACCUACUCAAGCACGACUUACCUCGCCCCCAAAUGAUCCUUCACUGCAUUUAUUCCACAAACAAGAACCAGUUGAGUUGUCAGCUCAACCUGAACAACAAGUUCGAAAUGCUGUUGUAGAAAUCACUGCGGGUUCUGAGUCUCAGAAUGUGAUAGCUGCUAUGGAUCCACCUCAAAUCGAGAGCGAAUUCAGACCUAUUGAAACGGUUGCUCCGAAACCAAUACAUCCGCCAGCGCCGAUUGAGCAAUAUGUACCCUCGUCACCACCCCAGAUAUCAUCGAAGGAAAGCGUGGAGGCUCAUACAGAUGCUGUCAUAAAUCUUGCAAAUUCUGGUAGUCCUCCUAUCUCGACGCAGGUUGUCAAGCAACAAGCGGAUGCAAAGCCACCAGGUGAUGUUGAAGCUCGGAUAAUGCGUGAGCCUGUUGCUAUCCAGCCUCAAAUACAACCCAUAAAUACCGAUUUGGCAGCCAAUCUAGGAGGAUCACCUGUGCAGACACCACCAACACAAUUGCCGAAACAGGAGACGCCGAAGCCUCUUCCUCACUAUCAGGCAUUCUCGCCAUCUUCGCAGCUUCAAUCCUUGCCACUAAGCGAAAGCAUGCCCACCCAGUUUCAGGGGCCAGAUGCUCAUCCCAUCCACCCUGUAGGACAGCAUCAAUACCAGCCAUAUUCGCCACUUGCUAUUGCACAGCCAUCUGAUUACCGAGGCUCCAUCCCACAAUACCGGCCUCAACCUCAAGCCCACCCUCAACCUCAACCCACAAAUGAGUACCAAAAUUACGACCCAUAUUCAACAAAAGAAAAUAGAGCGCCUAUUCCACCACCUGGACCUCCGCCUCUCCAUUUACAGAAUCAAACUCCACCUCCAGGGUUUGCGCGCCAAGAAGCAGAGCCGCAAACGCAAGUCCAAGAGAUAAAUCAAGCCCGGAGGUUCUCUCAAUCACGGGAGAUUCCACAUACGGUAUACCUGACGCAACAUGAAUCAAAAUUACCACCGUGUUCAGGCAAGAAAGAGGUUCUAACAAAGUACACCAAGUUCUAUGUGCCAAUAAAUAGUCUAGUCCCGAGAUUGGACCCUUCAGUUCAAGAGCUAUCCCAUGCAAUUUGCGAGACAUGCUACCUAACUCAAUUCUCGCCUAUACCAAGCUUUGCGACUGCUUUAGAAUUGUACAACUCGCCAGAUAUUGCCAAACCCGAAAGCCAAGACGUUCCUGUUCCCUCCUCCAGAGCUAUGUGCCAGUUUGGUCUCAACCCUUCAUUACUAGGAACGUUCCGUGAUCACUGCCUACCUCAAAACAGUCUCUCUGCUUUUAUCUCUUCCAUUGGAACUCUCAACUCGCUACCGCAAUGUCCAGGGAAUGACCCUAUGGACGGUGGUGAGUAUUACACAACUCUCGCAAUCCCCGGUAGCUCUUUCUGCGUCAAAUGCUUUGACAGCUAUAUAAAACCGUCAUCGUUCGGCUCUCACUUUACAAUGAAGCUCAAUGGACCGGGCCAAAAAUGGACUUGUGAUAAUGGAAGGAGCCCUGGAUUUCCUUCUCGGCUGCUUGAGGCUCUUUUGAAUAAUCCGAUACCAGACUUCGAUUCUCUCACCCACGCGCUAAAUGGAUGCCUUCAAGCAUUGCCUUGUGCUGGGAUAGGGACACAGAUAAACGCUGGCCCAGGGGGGCGGGUUAUUGUCUACUCUAUCCCCGGAGCUGAUAUUAAUAUUUGCUCGGAGUGUUUUUAUAGCCGAGUUAAGAUGACCUUGAUGGAGCAACACUUCAAGUUAGCCGAACAUGACUCCACAACUAGUUCUGUCACUUGUGAUCUCGCUUCCGGUGUUUCCAAAUUUCUUUUCAUGAUUGCACUCCAAGCCAAUGAUCUACAAAUAUGGCAACAAGGUCUUCACAAAUUUAACCGACUUCCGAAAUGUGAAGGCGUGAAAGGUGUCGGUGAAGAGAUUAUCGAGCAACAGAAUACUGAGCUUGGAGAAGACGCAAAAUGGUAUCAUAUCACAGAAUAUCCAAACAUCGAAGCCUGUCCCUCUUGUUUUCACGCUAUCAUUUCCCCACUAGGGGCAUCUCAUCUCUUCAACCCCAUCAUCCGCCAAUUACGCGCUAGCAUGGUACGAACAUGUAACUUCUCCAUCGGAAACGAAGGAAUCAUCUCCUCCUCUCCAGACGACUUCCCCAACACCCUCGAAUUCCGUGGCUUCAUUCUGCGACACCUCCUAGAGGUAGCCUGGGAAUCCAACCACCAAGACUUCGCCCCUUUCCUCUCAAUCGCCAAGUCUCUAAGCGAGUGCGCACCGCCAUGUGGCUCCAACGCACGCGGAUACAAAAGUCCGAAUGGGCGACGUUGGUUCGGACAUGUUGCCACGAAUGCAAGUGAUGAUGACGAUACCACGAUUGUGAUGUGUCAAGAAUGUUUUGAAACACGUGUUAAAGAUACUUGUCUUGAACCGUUUCUUGGUACGGACUUAACGGAUCAGGUUUACGCUGGGGAUACGCAGAACCAGAAGGAAGCGUUUUGUGGACCGUUCUCGAAGGUUUCUAAGCAGGCGUUGAACAAGGCGAGAGAGUAG